GGCAUGGGGUCAGACUCAGUGGUUGCUGUGGUGGUGGCCAGGAAUCCAGUAGUACCAGAGCAUGAACAGCGGGCCCAGUAUUCGAAGAAUCCUUGCCUUUCUCCAAGUCCAGUUUGGCACACUAUGGGGCACAGAGGUGAGACAUUUAGCCCUGGACUGAGUAAGACUGGUGCAAGUGUUACG